AUGACCAAGACCAUGACCGUGACCGUGACCGUGACCGUGACCGUGACCGUGACCGAGACCGAGACCGAGACCGAGACCGAGACCGAGACCGAGACCGAGACCGAGACCGAGACCGAGACCGAGACCGAGACCGAGACCGAGACCGAGACCGAGACCGAGACCGAGACCGAGACCGUGACCGAGACCGUGACCGAGACCGUGACCGAGACCGUGACCGAGACCGUGACCGAGACCGUGACCGAGACCGUGACCGAGACCGUGACCGAGACCGUGACCGAGACCGUGACCGAGACCGUGACCGAGACCGUGACCGAGACCGUGACCGAGACCGUGACCGAGACCGUGACCGAGACCGUGACCGAGACCGUGACCGAGACCGUGACCGAGACCGUGACCGAGACCGUGACCGAGACCGUGACCGAGACCGUGACCGAGACCGUGACCGAGACCGUGACCGAGACCGUGACCGAGACCGUGACCGAGACCGUGACCGAGACCGUGACCGAGACCGUGACCGAGACCGUGACCGAGACCGUGACCGAGACCGUGACCGAGACCGUGACCGAGACCGUGACCGAGACCGUGACCGAGACCGUGACCGAGACCGUGACCAAGACCGUGACCAAG